UCUUCCAUCUCCUCAAAACCUUAUGGAGUUGGAGGUUCCGGUUGUGGAGAACAGUCAGUGUAAUUCUAGCUAUGGGGGGAACAUCAUUACUGACAGCAUGAUAUGUGCCGGGUUACAAGAGGGAGGCAAGGAUUCCUGUCAGGGGGAUUCAGGAGGUCCAAUGGUGAGCAAGCAGGGUGACCGCUGGAUUCAAGCAGGAAUCCAUGUGACAUACCUAUCUGAGUGUGGUCUGGCACCGCUUAACACCCGGAUUGUUGGAGGAGAAGAAGCUCCUCCAGGCAGCUGGCCUUGGCAGGUCAGUCUGCACACCUUCACUUUUGGCCACUUCUGUGGAGGAUCUCUGAUUACCGACCAGUGGGUGCUGACUGCUGCUCACUGUAUCGAAGGGAUCUUUAGCCCCUUUUCUCUGACGGUGUAUCUGGGCCGUCAGGUUCAGAGCGGAUCUAACCCAAACGAAGUCUCCCGGACAGUAUCUCAGUUCGUUAUUCAUCCAGACUACAACUCACCAAUUUUCAACAAUGACAUUGCCCUCCUGAAAAUGUCCGAACCAGUGAAGUUCACUAGUUAUAUCUCACCUAUCUGCCUGGCAGCCUUCAACAGCACCUUUCACAGCGGGCUUGACUCCUGGGUCACUGGCUGGGGCAACAUUGGAUUUGAGGAGCCUCUUCCAUCACCAGGAAACCUUUCAGAAGUGGACGUGCAGGUUGUGGGAAGCAGCCAAUGCAAAUGUGAUUAUCGUGCAAUAGAUGAAGACGUGAUUACUGACAACAUGAUAUGUGCUGGGUUUCGGGAAGGAGGGAAGGGAACCUGCCAGGGAGAUUCUGGAGGUCCACUAGUGAGCAAGCAGGGGGAUCGAUGGAUUCAGGCUGGAAUUGUGAGUUUUGCUGCUGGUUGUUCUGAACCAAACCUCCCAACGGUCUAUGCAAGAGUGUCCCAGUUUGAGAACUGGAUCAAAAGUCACAUCAACGGAAACCAGCCGGGCUUCCUCGCCUAUGUGUCAAACGGGACAGAAGAUGUCCACAACUCUUCCUGUGAAUCGCCCGUUGUCACCUCGACAAUAAACAUAUCUGAAGUAUGUGGUCAGCCAGUGCUCAACAACAGGAUUGUUGGAGGAGUGGAAGCUCCAUCAGGCAGCUGGCCCUGGCAGGUCAGCCUGCACACCUUCACCUCUGGUCACUUCUGUGGAGGAUCUCUGAUCAAUGACCAGUGGGUAAUGACUGCUGCGCACUGCGUCCAAGGGCUUGGUAGCAACCCAGCUAAUCUAAAGGUGUACCUAGGACGGCAGAGUCAGGAGGGAUCCAACCCAAAUGAAGUCGUUCGGACGGUAUCAAGGAUAAUUUCUCACCCUGACUACUAUUUUGGUCCUGACAAUGACAUUGCCAUCCUGAAGUUGUUCACACCAGUGAAUUUCACCAGUUACAUCUCCCCGGUCUGCCUGGCGGCCUCAAACAGCACCUUCUACAGUGGAGUGAAAUCCUGGGUUACUGGCUGGGGAGAAACUGGAUAUUAUGAUCCCCUUCCUUCACCAGGCAAUCUUUUGGAAGUGGAGGCACAGGUUGUGGGCAGUGGCCAAUGCAGAUGUGAUUACAGUGAAAUAGCCGGCGACAUAAUUUCUGACAACAUGAUAUGUGCUGGGUUUCGUGAAGGAGGGAAGGGACCCUGUUUUGGAGAUUCUGGAGGUCCACUAGUAAGCAAGCAGGGGGAUCGAUGGAUUCAGGCUGGAAUUGUGAGUUUUGGGAUAGGCUGUGCCAAGCCAUUUUUCCCAGCAGUUUAUGCAAGAGUGUCCCAGUACAACAACUGGAUCAACAGUCACAUCACCAGAAACCAGCCGGGCUUCAUCCACUUUACAUCAAACAAGACCGAAAGUGACCUCAAUGUUAACUGUACAGCACCCACCUUCGACCCAAUAACAGUAAACAUAUCUGAAGUAUGUGGUCAGCCAGCACUCAACACCAGGAUUGUUGGAGGAGAGGAAGCUCCUCCAGGCAGCUGGCCCUGGCAGGUCAGUCUGCACAUAUUUAACCACAUCUGUGGAGGAUCUUUGAUUACAGACCAGUGGGUGCUGACUGCUGCUCACUGCGUCCAAGGGUAUGCUGAGACCCCAUCACUUGUGACAGUAUACCUGGGUCGUCAGAGUCAGGAGGGAUCCAACCCAAACCAAGUCAUUCGGGCAGUAUCACAGAUCAUUUCUCACCCUGACUACUAUUUUGGUUUUGACAACGACAUCGCCCUCCUGAAGCUGUCAGUACCAGUGAAUUUCACCAGUUACAUCUCCCCGGUCUGCCUGGCGGCCUCAAACAGCACCUUCUACAGUGGAGUGAAAUCCUGGGUUACUGGCUGGGGAGAAACUGGAUAUUAUGAUCCCCUUCCUUCACCAAAAAAUCUUUUGGAAGUGGAAGCACAGAUUGUGGGCAGCGGCCAAUGCAGAUGUGAUUACAGUGAAAUACUUGCCGACGUAAUUUCUGACAACAUGAUAUGUGCUGGGUUUCGUGAAGGAGGGAAGGGACCCUGUUUUGGAGAUUCUGGAGGUCCACUAGUGAGCAAGCAGGGGGAUCGAUGGAUUCAGGCUGGAAUUGUGAGUUUUGGGAUAGGCUGUGCCAAGCCAUUUUUCCCAGCAGUCUAUGCAAGAGUGUCCCAGUACAACAACUGGAUCAACAGUCACAUCACCGGAAACCAGCCGGGCUUCAUCCACUUUUCAUCAAACAAGACCGAAAGUGACCUCAAUGUUAACUGUACAGCACCCACCUUCGACCCGAUAACAGUAAACAUAUCUGAAGUAUGUGGUCAGCCAGCACUCAACACCAGGAUCGUUGGAGGAGAGGAAGCUCCUCCAGGCAGCUGGCCCUGGCAGGUCAGUCUGCACAUCUUUGGCCACUUCUGUGGAGGAUCUUUGAUCAACGACCAGUGGGUGAUGACUGCUGCUCACUGCGUCAAUUGGGACGCUGAGACCCCAUCGCUUGUGACAGUAUAUCUUGGUCGUCAGAGUCAAGAGGGAUCCAACCCAAACGAAGUUGUUCGGAAAGUAGCACAGAUCAUUAUUCACCCUGACUACAAUCCAGGAACUUCCAACAAUGACAUUGCACUGCUGAAGCUUUCUAAACCAGUCAGUUUCACCAGUUACAUCUCACCAGUCUGCCUAGCCGCCUCAAACAGCACCUUCUCCAGUGGGGUUAACACCUGGAUCACUGGCUGGGGAACCUUCGGAAGUGGAGUCCCUCUUCCGUCUCCUCAAAACCUGAUGGAGGUGGAGGUUCCGGUUGUGGAGAACAGCCUGUGUAAUUCUAGCUAUGGGGGGAACAUCAUUACUGACAACAUGAUAUGCGCCGGGUUACAAGAGGGAGGCAAGGAUUCCUGUCAGGGGGAUUCAGGAGGUCCGAUGGUGAGCAAGCAGUGUGACCGCUGGAUUCAAGCAGGAAUCGUAAGUUUUGGAAGAGGAUGUGCUGAGCCAGAUUACCCAGGAGUCUACACCAGAGUAUCCCAGUAUGAGAGCUGGAUAAACGGUGUGAUCAGCGGCAAUCAGCCGGGCUUCAUUAGCUUCAAGUCCAGUGGGACUGCUUUCUGUACGAUCCCACCAACAACCCCACCAACAACUCCACCAACAACUCUGGCAAUACCAACUGCACCAGAAUCUGUAGUUGUCUGUGGACAAGCCCCACGAGGUUCUCGUAUUUUGGAUGCCACUUCAGUGGCAUCAGCUGGUGAUUGGCCAUGGAUGGCCAGCGUGCAGAAGAACGGCCAGCAUGUGUGUGGAGGAACGUUAGUGUCUGAGAACUCUGUGCUGACAGAUGCCAGCUGCUUCUCAGGCUCCCUUAUUGUGUCUGAGUGGACAGUGGUGUUGGGUCGUCUACAUCAGAAUGGAUCUAAUCCAUUCGAGACGUCAUUGAAAGUGGUAAAUAUCACUAUGAGCAACCAGACAGGGAACAACAUCGCAGUGCUUAAGCUGUCACCUCCACCCACCCUGAACGACUACAUCCAGCCCAUCUGCUUAAGCAACGAAAGAACAUUCUCAGUAGGAACAGUAUGUUGGGCUGCCGGCUGGAGCUCUGGAAGAGGAGGAGAGGAGCAAGCUCUGCAGCAUUUCCAGACGACAGUGUUAGAUUGUGGGGAUGCAUCAACAACUGACAUGAUGUGCACUCGGUUAUUUACUCUGGAGCAGAGUGACUCUGGCGGCCCACUCAUGUGUGAGCAGGACGGAUCCUGGUUCCAGGCGGUCGUGCUGUCAUAUGUGAACAGCUCCACCAGGAGGGAGCGAGCCGCUGAGCCCAUGAUGACCUUUGAAAAACUGGACAAUUUUCAGUUCUUUCUGACUCGUACUCUGGGAACCUUCUUGUCUCCGGCCGUCACCGCCAAUGAGAACAACAGCACCAACACCACAACCCCCAGCCCCACCAUGACGACCAAUGGGGUUACAAUUUCCCACUCCCCCUUCCUCCUCCUAGGCCAUAUUCUUCUAUUUUCUUUAUUUAUCCAAGUCUUCCCAUAGGAAACUUUUAUGCUGUCUGAUUUCCGAGAUGUGAAACACGCAGACAAAAACAGGUGACGGGAUUUUAUUUUAGUCCAAUCUUCUCUCAGAUAACAGAGUUGAUCUCUGCCUUUGGUUAAUCGAUGCAGAUCUAAAGGAUCAGAAGCAUUUGGCAGCAAACUUAAAACUGGAAACGUUUUCCUUUUUAUUUGUAGAGGAAACCAAAAACAAAGUGAAAUAAGUUCUAAGCCUAAAACUUAAUGCAAUGAUUGCAUCAGGUCAAAGGUUAACCAACAGGAAUCAACUCAUAAAGGAUUAAAGGGUUAAAUCAUCAUAUCCAGGCAUCUUCAAAUGUGACUUUUCUAUACAAGAUCAUUGUAACGGAUUGUUAUAAUGUAUUCUUUUGUAUUUCUUUUUUUUCUUUAAAAAAAUCACCUUUUCAUAAAUUGUUUCAUAUUAACCACAGGUUUCACAGAUCUUUACAGAUCUAGAGGAAUAAGAAAAAAACAAUAAAUCAAACUUCUCAUAA